AUGUUUAAUGAGUGUUCCAACACGAAAUUAAGCGUGGACAAUCAAAAAUAUGUCAAAAUGUUUCAAAUCUUUGGGGCAAUUUUGAUACUUGGUCUUGUCCUGAUAGCUGUUUACUUCAUGAAAAUGCACAGCACAGUGGAUAAUAACAGAGAAAAAGCAGUUGUCAGCAUUUACACAGAGCUGGAGGAGGAAGAAGGACUCUACAGAGAUCUUCCAGGAACCACAGUAGUUCAGGAGAGCACCAACAGAUCCAAUGCCUCCUGCAGCUUUGAACUUGUGGAAAACGUUCCUUACGACUUACCUUUUGAGAUAAAUAGCACUGCAGCCAAACCCUUGUACCAAGCCUGGAUGAGACUCCUUGAUACAGCCCAGGAAAAAAUUCAUGUGGCUUCUUACUAUUGGUCUCUUACUGGGAAGGAUAUCAACGUCAAUGAUUCAACUUCCAAGCAGGGUGAAGAUAUUCUGAAGAGGUUUGAGAGAUUACUCACAGAGAACAUCUCUGUGUAUAUUGCAACAAGUAUACCAACUUUGGCUACAAAUUCAACUGACCUUGAGAUUUUAGAGGAAAAAGGGGCUCAUGUAAAAAGGAUUGAUUUUGGACACUUGGCGGGAGGAGUGUUGCAUAGCAAAUUCUGGAUUGUAGACAUGAAACACAUAUACAUUGGUAGUGCAAAUAUGGACUGGAGGUCUUUAUCUCAGGUGAAAGAGUUUGGUGCUGUGAUAUACAACUGCAGCUGCUUGGCUGAAGACCUUUGGAAAACGUUUAGUACUUACUGGGAUCUUGGACAUGCAAUCCCAUUCCCUUGGCCUCUUAAUUAUUCUACCCACAUUAACAAACACCAUCCUCUGGAAGUAGAAUUUAAGGGAAUCUUGACAGAAGCCUAUUUUUCUGCUUCUCCUCCAGCUUUUUGCGCAGAAAAUCGCACCUAUGACCUCUUUGCUAUAACCAGUAUUAUCAGUGAGGCACAGAAAUUUGUUUAUGUUUCUGUUAUGGAAUAUUUCCCGACUAGCCGUUUCAUUCAUCCAGAAAGAUACUGGCCAACCAUUGACAAUGCUCUGAGACGUGCAGCUUUCAACAACAGAGUAAAAAUCCGGCUUCUGGUCAGCUGCUGGACCCAUUCUGACCCAAAUAUGUUCUACUACCUGAGGUCUCUGCGUGCCCUCGACAACCCACGUGCCCACAUCAGUGUCAGCGUGAAACUCUUCAUUGUUCCAGUUCUGAAUCACACAAAUAUUCCUCAUGGGAGAGUGAAUCACAACAAAUACAUGGUCACUGAUCAAGUAGCCUAUAUUGGUACUUCAAACUGGUCAGAAGAUUACUUCGUUAAUACAGCUGGUGUGGGACUAAUUAUCAAACAGAAUUUGACCAACGUGCAAAGAAGGUACCUCCCUAUCCAGGAACAAUUAAAAAACAUUUUUGAGCGAGACUGGAAUUCCAAAUAUGCAGUGAAUCUGGAAGAGGUGCAAGGACAGAAAGACUGUAACUGGAGACUUUGA